GCUUCCGGUUAAUAUUAUGUUGGAGUAAAGGACGAUAGCUGCUGAUAAUAAACACAAAAAUGCCACUAUUUGCUAGUUCAACGCCUUUCGACAAGGAUGUCGAAAAGGCGACUAGUGAGAUGAAUACUACUGAAGACUGGGGCCUGAUAAUGGAUAUAGUAGACCAAGUGAAUACAAAACCCAACGGUCCAAGGGAUUGCUUGAGGUCUAUAGUGAAGCGUUUGAACCACAUUGUUCCUAUCGUCUCUAUGCAGGCACUGACAUUGUUGGAUGCUGCAGUCAACAACUGUGGACGUCCUAUUCAUUUGGAGAUAUCAUCCCGAGAUUUCAUUUCCGAAUGUCGAACACUUAUUGGUCAGAAGGCACAUCCUAAAGUGUCUGAAAAAUUAAAGGGUCUGAUAAAGAAAUGGGCAGAAUCAAAAGAAUUUAAAAACGAUCCUGCUUUAAGUCUGAUUCCAUCAUUUUAUGAAAGUUUGAAAUCCGAUGGACAUGAUUUUCCAGAUCAAGAUGGACAGCCGAAGAGAGCACCAGUGAGCACCGACCCUAAUGUAGUCAAUAACCAACAGGAGGAAGACGACAUAGCCAAAGCUAUUGCACUUUCCCUAAAGGAGUCUGAUAAAGGUUCGUCCCAGAAGACGACGUCCCUCUACCCCACUGGCUACUCUGUGUCGUCUGAUUCGGCCACAUAUGCCAGCAUCAGUAAGCUGAGGGAAGUCAGAAAGGUGCGAGCUCUAUAUGACUUUGAGGCUGCAGAAGAUAAUGAACUUACCUUCAAAUCAGGAGAGCUCAUAAGUGUUACAGAUGAUAGUGAUGUCAAUUGGUGGAAGGGUUUUAACCAGCGAGGGGAAGGUUUGUUCCCGGCUAACUUUGUCACGGCCGACCUAUCGGUGGAACCAGAGGAUUCUAAAGAGAAGAAAAAGGUGCAAUUCAAUGAGGAGGUCCAAGUGAAGGCUGUUGAUGUUCCCCCAGAGGAGGUUGACAUUAAUGAGGAAAAGAUUGACAACGUAUUGCAGUUGAUACAGAAUGCUGACCCAACAGGAGAGACUCAGCCUGACUCUGAGGAAAUGCUCCGACUUGAAGAGACAUGUAAAGGAAUGGGUCCACUGAUAGACACAGAAUUAGAGAAAAUUGACAGAAAACAUGCCAGUCUAUGUGAGAUAAACUCCAAGGUCGUAGACGCCCUGCAGAUGUAUCACAACUUGAUGAAGGAGGACCCAAACCCAUACGCCUCGUUUAAGGGUGGUGUAGCGCCAGGCCCUAUGAAUUUCUCGCAUCCAAAUAUGUCAAUGACACAGCCCAUAUCUAGUCAGUCAAUGUACAAUGGCCAACAGCAGUUCAGGCCGGGACAGGUUCAAAUGCCAAUGCAAAAUCAGAUGCAGAUGCCUCCCCCAGGUCAAGGUCAAAUAUCACAGCAAGGUCAAGGACAGAUGCCACAGGGUCAAGGACAGAUGCCACAGAUGGUUGUCGGUCCACCAUCACAAGUCUAUGCACCACCAAGCAGUCAAAGUUUUACAAAUGUACCCAGUGGAACAGAGGCCUACACAUCGUCACAAGGCGUCACCACUGGGCCCUCCCACAGUUCCAUGCAGAGCAUGGCGCAAAACACAGUUCCUCCCCAGACACAGCCUAGCAUUCAGAACAAUUAUCCUGCUCCCCCACCCAUAGGGGCCCCUGGGGGCCCCCAGUUUUAUCAACAGCCCCCACAACAGCAACCCCUUCUAUGAGGAAAAAGGGAGAAGACUUUCUUUUUUUUUAAUGAACAAUUUCAUCAUGGUAAUUAUUAAUACCAUUCAUUUCCCUGUGAAAAGUGCUGUGCUGCACAGGAACAGUCUGGCAGAGGUUGCCUGUCAAUAUCAUUGUAUUGAAAUGGACCGAAAGUUUACGAGAAGUUUUCUUUUUCAGCUUGAAGGAGAUGUGAAGAUGAAAUGCACGAGUAAGGUUUGAAAGAGGUGGAUUUAACGAGUUGAUUAGAGUUCUUCAGAAAAUUGUGAUACGACAAAGCUCUCAUACUUCAAAGUUAAAAUGAAAGACAGCUAAGUUGAGAUGUGAUUGACGUAAAAGAAAUAUACCAUGUCAGUGAUGUAUAAUGUUUAAGAUUAAUAUCCUGUUGAAUUGAACAGCAUCAAGCUUUAAUGGGGACUUAUUAAAUUAAUUUAACUGGGA